GGAUUUGCCCAAACCCCGUCUCCUGAUACUUCUACCCGAUAACCUGCUCAGCAUCUGAUAGCCCACAAGCGACGUGCAAGCGCCGGUUACUAGCAGUAAUCGUCAGCCACGUCUCUAAUGAAGAAACCCCAGCCGCAUCCUCGGUGGGGCUGAGCUGAGCGCGGAGAGCUGAGGAGGCGCUAGGGCUCCGCCACCUCCUCCACGCGGGGAGUCAGCCAGCCGAGCGCUGCCGAACCAGCCUUCUUGCGAGGCGGGCUCUCCCGCGGGGAGGCCUCGAGCUUUCUCCAGCUUCUUCGGCUUCGGGGGAAUGCGGCACUCACUUCUCCCCCUAGGCUGGGAGGAGAAGCCUCCGAGGCAGCAGAGGCAGAGGCAGAGGGAGCGCGGGAGCCUCCCCCACCCCCAGGACACACACCCUGUCUCUGGGGGCAGGAUUUUCUGACCAGAUUUUCCAGUGCCUAAAUUUCGGGGGUGAUUUUAAUUCUCUUCCUUCCCUCCCUCCCCCCACCCCGUGCCCAUCGCUCCUUCCUCGGGCCUGGGGCUCCAUCAUGCAGCCUUAGGGCUGCUGGAGCUGAGGGAAGAGAAGGUUGAAUUCAGGGAAGGGGACUGACUGCUGGCGCCUGCGGCGGGUCCGGCUUGGGUGGCUGCGGCUGCCUGGUGAAGGUAGCAACAACUGCAGCAGCAGCAGCAGCAGCAGCAGCAGCAGCAGCAGCAGCAGCAGCAGCAGCAGCAGCAGCAGCAGCAGCAACCGCGCUAACACACCACAGCCUCAGCGCCUGAGAAAGGGCACCCGAAGGGGCCGGUCCUCCGUAUCUCUGUUCCGUCCCUCAUUCCUCGGAAUGAUUGAUCUGUUGCUGUUGCUGUUGUGAGUGGUGGCGGCGGCAGAGAGGGUGACAGCAGCUGGCACAGCUGGGAGGCGGCAGGCGCCAUUGCCAGGACGACUGUCGGGGGUGCCUCGGACUGGCGGGCGGGGGAAGGAAGCCCUUUACGCGUCCGACGGAGAACUCGGUUGGAAGAGGAGGCGGAGGCUCAGCUAGCGCAGGUGCUGCCGCCUGCCCCACGCUGGGCCCCGGGCCAUGCGGCCGGAGUGAGAAGGCGCUUGUGGCCCCGGCGCCCCCAGCAGCCUAGUAGCCUGGGCAGGUUGGACUGGAGUCUCUCCAGCGUCGGCGGCAUGGCUUCUAGCCGGGGCUCGGGCCGGAGCAGGCUCAGCCCCUUCGCCACUGCGGCCAGCCAGGCUGCGCCGGGACUGCGACUCGCCCCUAUGUUGCCCUUGCUGCUCCUGCUGCUGCCAGCUUCGGGAGGGUCGCGGGCCUUUCCCCGGGGGGCUGCGGGGCCGCCGCUCAACAGUCCACCCCUGUCCAUCAUGGGCUUGAUGCCACUCACGGACAACGUGGCAAAGGGCAGCAUUGGUCGAGGGGUGCUGCCUGCCGUGGAGCUGGCGAUCCAGCAGAUCCGCAACGAGUCCCUCUUGUACCCCUACUUCUUGGACCUUCGGCUCUACGACACCGAGUGUGAUAAUGCAAAAGGGCUAAAAGCAUUCUAUGAUGCAAUAAAAUAUGGGCCUAAUCACCUCAUGGUAUUUGGAGGAGUCUGCCCCUCAGUCACAUCCAUCAUUGCUGAAUCUCUCAAAGGAUGGAAUCUGGUACAGCUUUCAUUCGCAGCUACCACACCAGUCCUAGCUGAUAAGAAAAAAUAUCCUUAUUUCUUCCGAACUGUACCAUCAGAUAAUGCUGUCAAUCCUGCAAUUUUGAAGUUGUUAAAAUAUUACCAGUGGAAACGCGUGGGAACCCUAACCCAGGACAUCCAAAGAUUUUCUGAGGUAAGAAAUGAUCUCACUGGUGUCCUGUAUGGUGAAGGUAUUGAAAUUUCAGACACAGCAAGCUUCUCCAAUGAUCCCUGCACUAGUGUGAAAAAACUUAAGAGUAAUGAUGUUCGGAUAAUCCUUGGCCAGUUUGAUCAGAAUAUGGCAGCAAAAGUGUUCUGUUGCGCAUUUCAUGAAAACAUGUUCGGCAGCAAGUAUCAGUGGAUCAUUCCUGGCUGGUAUGAACCCUCCUGGUGGGAACUGGCACAUUCUGAAGGCAAUCCAUCCCCCUGCCUCAGCAAAAAUCUCCUGGCGGCCAUGGAGGGUUAUAUUGGAGUGGAUUUUGAGCCCCUCAGUUCAAAAGAGAUCAAGACCAUUUCAGGAAGGACUCCUCAACAGUAUGAAAAAGAAUACAAUGAUAAAAGAUCAGAUGUGGGACCCAGUAAAUUCCAUGGCUAUGCCUACGAUGGAAUAUGGGUGAUUGCAAAAACCCUGCAAAGGGCCAUGGAACAUCUCCGCUCCAGCAACAGGCACCAAAGGAUUCAAGAUUUCAACUAUACAGACCAUAAACUUGGCAAAAUCUUCCUGGAUGCAAUGAAUGAAACCAACUUCUUCGGUGUAACGGGUCAAGUUGUGUUCAGAAACGGGGAGAGAAUGGGAACCAUCAAAUUUACCCAGUUUCAAGAUAGUAGUGAAGUGAAGGUGGGUGAAUACAAUGCUGUGGCUGACACGCUGGAGAUUAUCAAUGACACCAUCAGAUUUCAAGGUUCAGAGCCUCCAAAAGACAAAACAAUCAUCCAAGAACAGCUGCGGGAGAUCUCCCUUCCUCUUUACAGCAUUCUCUCUGCCCUCACAAUCCUAGGGAUGAUCAUGGCCAGCGCCUUCCUCUUCUUUAACAUCAAAAACAGAAACCAGAAGCUAAUAAAGAUGUCCAGCCCUUACAUGAACAACCUUAUUAUCCUCGGGGGAAUGCUAUCCUAUGCAUCUAUUUUUCUUUUUGGCCUUGAUGGAUCCUUUGUCUCUGAAAAAACAUUUGAAACACUUUGCACCGUCCGAACCUGGAUUCUCACGGUGGGCUACACGACUGCAUUUGGAGCAAUGUUUGCAAAAACAUGGAGGGUCCAUGCCAUCUUCAAAAAUGUUAAGAUGAAAAAGAAGAUCAUUAAAGACCAGAAGCUGCUGGUGAUUGUUGGAGGGAUGCUGCUGAUUGAUCUCUGCAUCUUGAUUUGCUGGCAGGCUGUGGAUCCUUUAAGAAGGACAGUGGAAAAGUACAACAUGGAGCCGGAUCCUGCUGGCAGAGAUAUUUCCAUCCGUCCAAUUCUGGAGCACUGUGAGAACAGCCACAUGACGAUUUGGCUGGGCAUUGUCUAUGCCUACAAAGGUCUCCUCAUGCUGUUUGGUUGUUUCCUAGCUUGGGAGACUCGCAACGUGAGCAUUCCAGCUUUGAACGACAGCAAAUACAUUGGAAUGAGUGUCUACAACGUGGGGAUCAUGUGUAUCAUUGGGGCAGCAGUCUCAUUCCUCACCAGAGAUCAGCCCAAUGUGCAAUUCUGUAUCGUAGCAUUGGUCAUAAUAUUCUGCAGCACCAUCACACUCUGCCUCGUGUUUGUGCCAAAGCUCAUCACACUGAGGACCAACCCAGAUGCAGCAACACAGAACAGACGGUUCCAGUUCACUCAAAAUCAAAAGAAAGAAGAUUCUAAAACAUCCACAUCAGUCACCAGUGUGAACCAGGCCAGCACAUCUCGACUAGAAGGGCUACAAUCUGAAAAUCAUCGUCUGAGGAUGAAAAUCACAGAGCUGGACAAAGAUUUAGAAGAAGUCACUAUGCAGCUACAAGACACACCAGAGAAGACAACAUACAUUAAGCAAAACCACUAUCAGGAGCUUAAUGACAUCCUCAAUAUAAGGAACUUCACAGAGAGCACUGAUGGUGAAAAAGCUAUUUUAAAAAAUCACCUUGAUCAAAAUACCCAGUUACAGUGGAACACAACGGAGCCCUCACGAUCAAGCCAAGAUCCUAGAGAAGAUAUCAACUCCCCAGAACACAUACAGCGCCGGCUGUCCUUACAACUCCCCAUUCUCCACCACGCCUACUUACCGUCAAUAGGGGGUGUGGAUGCCAGCUGUGCCAGCCCAUGUGUGAGCCCCACUGCCAGUCCUCGGCACAGACAUGUGCAGCCACCUUUCCGAGUCAUGGUUUCGGGCCUGUAAGUGUGGAAAAUCAGUGCUUCCUAAACUGUGGGUUAAUGACUCAAGGACUAGACGACACAUUGAACAUAGAAGUCUGCUCAAAGGAGACCGUCAGCUCUUACCCCGGAGAAGCUGGAUGCUGAGGCUGCCCUCAUGCGUAACUCAGGUGGAGGGGAGAGUAAGCUGCCUUGAGUCUGCCCUGUAGCCUUAGGCAUGGAAUUUUUAUUUCUUCACAACGAAGAUCAAUGGAAAUUAUCUCUUCCCAAAUUUCCACCAACAAGGAGCUGGGAAAUUUGAAUCUUGCAAAAAAAUUGAAAAAAAAACAAAAAAUGAAAUAUAUCUGCUAGAAUAGGGACAAUAGAAAAACUCCUUUAAAGUCACUGAGCAUUUCAAGGCUGCUAAACAGGUGGAAGCGUCUGCCCAACCCCAUGAUAAGGAAGAGAAGAUGAAAAUUCUACCCGGUAUUUAUUGAACCGCAGACGCUGCCUUUGACAAGAGCAGUAUCAAACUGUUGAAAGAAACCAUUCUCCUUCUUGAUCAGUUGAGGCUGGUUUCAGUUGACAGAGGAAUCCCAGGCUCUGAGGGACACAGUCUCUUAAGACUCACCAUUGCUCUUUGUUCAGGGGACCUUGUCACUGAAACCUGGUCUUCCAGGGAGUAGCAGAGCUGCCCUCAACCCUGAGUGUGGCCAGUCCAUCACCAGCUCCCCUUUCAGCCUAGGCUCUUUGCUGGUUGGACCUCAGAGGGGGGACAUGUAGCAGUGGCCGGGUCUCAUUGCUACCGAUUUGGGACUUCAUUUUGACAAAGGGUCUGCAUCUAUUCGUGGAAAAAAAAAUGUUUAAAAAAAUAAGCAAAAACCCGCCUGGGUAUGCAGAAGUAGCCAAAGGGUACUGAGGGCUCAUCAGUCAAAAAGCUGGGGGACCUUGGGUGAUAAAGACAAUGCCACUUGAUGACACAUUUGUUACUGUUUGAUAGAUGCCACAUCUUAGCACAAUAACACCUAAUUUCACAUCACUCUGGGGAUCUGGGGCACACAACCACCUUGCAGGUAAAUUCUGCUACUUUCACUGAGAGUCUGUCAUUCACUGCAUUGGCCGUGCACUUAUGUUCCUAUCAGUAUAACCUGGUAACCCUGGGCUAGAUGCCAAGCUUACCCUUAGAAUGUCUAUUCUGAUCAGAAAAAUAAAAAAAGAAGGA